AUGCUGGCAUUGGCGUUAAGUUUAGCUUUAGUUGCUACUGCUGCUGGCGUGGAGCAGCAGCCGCUUUAUCCACCGCAGCACACUACACAGCGCAUUGUGGGCGGCGAGGAUGCCAGCGAGGGCAUGGCGCCGUAUCAAAUCUCAUUGCAGGGCGCCAAGAGUGGUCUCCACUCUUGCGGUGGUGCCAUCAUAGCUGAGCAAUGGCUGCUUACAGCUGCGCAUUGCAUACACGGCAAGUCGCCAAGCGCCUUUCGUGUGCUCACAGGCACACAGGACCUACAGCAGAACGUCUCCAAGUACUACUAUGUGGACAGAAUACUGGAGCACUGCGACUAUGAGCCGCGUCGCUAUCGCAAUGACAUUGCGCUGCUGCAUCUCAAUGAGUCCAUUGUCUUUAACAAUGCCACACAGCCCGUGGAGUUGAGUCAUACGCCGCUUGCAGCUGGAGAUUGGCUGCUGCUCACAGGCUGGGGCACGCUCUCCUUGGGCGGUGAAGUGCCCGCCAAGCUGCAGAAGCUGCAGGUGGAGUAUGUGCCCUUUGAGCAGUGCCGGGAAGCGCAUGCGAACAGCAGCAAUGUGGACAUUGGACAUGUUUGCACCUACAAUGAUAAAGGGCGUGGCGCUUGUCAUGGAGAUUCUGGUGGUCCGCUGGUGCAUGACGGGAAGCUGGUUGCUUUGGUUAAUUGGGGCAUGCCCUGCGCCAAGGGCAAACCAGAUGCUAGUGCAAGCAUAGCCUAUUAUCAUGACUUUAUACGCACACACAUGAGUUUGUUUGAAACGGAUAAUGAUGAAGUGGAGGAUUUGCUGAAGGACAAAAUGGCAGACAAUGGCAAGGCGCAUUGCCAUUGAGAGCAAAGCUUGAAAGGCUUUCUCAUCAAAUAGAAAAACUUAAUAUAAUACAUAUAUGAUGAUUUUAG